AUGACACCUCUAGGUAUUGCUUUGGGUAUGGUUUUCUAUUUACUUCAAGCCGUUUCUGGAGAAAGUGGCUAUGCAGAGAAUGGAGACUUUGACGAUGCAGAAAUGGAUGACUACUCAUUCUCGUGCUACAGUCAGCUGGAAGUGGAUGGAUCCCAGCACUUGUUGACCUGUGCAUUUGACGACCCGGACGUCAACAGCACCAGUAUGGAAUUUGAAAUAUGUGGGGCCCUUUUGGAGGUAGAUUGCCUGAGUUUUAAUAAACUGCAAGGGAUGUAUCUCAUCAAGACAAAGAAAUUCUUACUGAUUGGAGACAGUAAAAUAUGUGUGAAGCUUGGAAGAAAAAGCAUGACUUGCAAAAAAAUGAACAUAGUCAAAAUAGUUAAACCUGAGGCUCCUUUUGACAUAAGAGUCGUCUAUCGCAAGGGAGCAAAUGACUUUGAGGUGACAUUUAAUACAUCGCACUUACAAAAGAAGUAUGUGAAAGAAUUAAUGCAUGAGGUAGCCUACCGUCAGGAAAAAAAUGAAAAUGAUUGGAUGCACAUGAAUUUAUCCAGUACAAAGCUGAUGCUCCUACAGAGAAAGCUACAACCCAAUGCAAUGUAUGAGAUUAAAGUUCGGUCCAUCCCUAACACCAACUAUUUUGAAGGCUUCUGGAGUGAAUGGAGUCCAAGUUUCCACUUCAGAACUCCAGAGACCAAUGGCCCAGGGGAGAUGGAUCCUGUUUUACUAAUUAUCAUCAUUCUGAGUUUCUUCUCUGUGGCUCUGAUGGUCGUUCUGGCCUGUGUGUUGUGGGAAAAAAGAAUCAAGCCUAUCAUAUGGCCCAGUCUCCCUGAUCAUAAGAAGACUCUGGAACAACUGUGCAAGAAACCAAAAAAAAAUUUGAAUGUGAGUUUCAAUCCUGAAAGUUUCCUGGACUGCCAGAUUCAUAAGGUGGAUGGCAUUCAAGCUAGGGACGAAGCAGAAGGCUUUCUGCAAGAUCCUCUUCCUCCACAGCUAGAGGAGACUGAGACGCAGAGGCUCGGAGGGGGUAUGCAGGGCCCCAACUGGCCCUCCGAGCAUGUAGGCAUCAGCCCAAAAACUUUCAGAGGAGAGUCGUCAUUCAGGUGCCUGGCUGGGAACAUCAGUGUGUGUGAUGCCUCUGGGCUCCCCUUGUCCAGGUCCCCAGAUUGCAAGGAAGGUGGCAAGAAUGGGCCUCUCCUGUACCAAGACCUGCUGCUUGGCCCUGGAACUACAAACAGCACCCUGCCCCCUCUGUUUCCAUUCCAACCCGGAACCCUGACAUUGAACCCUGCUGCCCAGGGGCAGUCCAUCCUCACUUCCUUGGGAUCAAGUCAAGAAGAAGCCUAUGUCACCAUGUCCAGCUUCUACCAAAACCAGUGAAUUGCAAGAAAUCGAUGGCCAGAACCAUCAUGAUGAACAGAGAUAACCGAGUCCCACUCUCGCUCACAGCACAAAGAAGACAAAAUGAAAGCAGCCCCUCGACAUGGUCCACAGGAUUCUGAAACAGUGUUUCGACCACACCUCCCUGCUUCAGUGACAAGAGACAGGAGGCAGGGGCAUUCUGCUUCAGGCAAUGCAAUGAUUCAUUUAUUUCAGAAAGGAAAAAAAGCAGAAAAGAGUGAAAG